AUGGCGGGCCACGACGACAGACAUGGAUCUGAAAAGAUCGAGUCCACUCUGCCAACUUCCAUUCCCUAUUUCCGCAUGGUCUGGGACCAAGGUGUCGUCACGCAACAAGUCGCCAGCCACCCCUACUCAGGCUCAGGAACCGACGAUGAUCCUUAUGUUGUGACUUGGAUUCCAGAUGAUCCGCGCAACCCUUUGCUAUUCAGUCAAGCGAAGAAGUGGCUAUUCACUGCUCUGAUGGCUAUUGCGACGCUGGCUGUCGCAUUGGUGUCCUCUGCGUAUUCCGGGGGUAUCCAGCAGAUCGAACAGCAAUUUGGCAUUGGAAGCGAAGUUGCCAUUCUUGGUGUGUCGCUCUUCGUGGUUGGGUUUGCUGUCGGUCCUCUCCUUUGGGCUCCCCUCAGUGAGUUGUUUGGACGCCAGGUUCUCUUCUUCGGCACCUACGCCGCCUUGACUGCGUUCAAUGCCGGAUGCGCUGGCUCUAAGAAUGCCUGGACCCUUAUCAUCCUUCGAUUCUUCGCCGGUGCUUUCGGAUCCUCGCCCCUCACUAAUGCCGGUGGUGUUAUCGCCGAUAUGUUCUCGGCUAAGCAGCGUGGUGUCGCUAUGAGCUUGUUCGCCGCGGCACCUUUCCUAGGCCCUGUUCUUGGACCCAUCAUUGGUGGCUUCCUCGGUGAAAGCGCUGGCUGGAAAUGGGUGAUGGGCUUCCUGGGUGCCUUCUCCGGUGCCGUUUGGAUCAUUGGCUCUAUUUUCAUCCCCGAGACUUACGCCCCGGUUCUUCUGCGUCGCCGAGCCGAGCGGCUCUCGAAACUCACAGGCAAGAUCUACCGCAGCCAGAUUGAAAUCGAUCAGGGCAAAAUUUCUCUGAAGGAAUCCUUCAAGAUUGCGCUUUCUCGUCCCUGGAUCCUGCUGUUCCGCGAGCCUAUCGUCUUCCUUCUGUCACUCUAUAUGGCAAUCAUUUAUGGUACCCUCUAUAUGCUGUUUGCCGCCUUCCCUAUUGUCUACCAAGUCAACCGUGGCUGGAGCCAGGGUAUUGGAGGCCUUGCGUUCCUGGGAAUCAUGGUCGGUAUGAUCAUUGCCGUCAUCUACUCUCUGUGGGACAACAAGCGUUAUAUCAAUGUUCAGGAGAAGCAUGAAGGUUUCGCGCCGCCAGAGGCUCGUCUGCCGCCUACGAUGGUUGCUUCCGUUGCUAUUCCGAUCGGUCUGUUCUGGUUCGCCUGGACCAACUACCCCAGUAUCCACUGGAUGGCCAGUAUUGCCGCUGGCGUUCCGUUCGGGUUCGGGAUGGUGCUGUGUUUCCUCGGAAUCAUGAACUAUCUGAUUGAUGCCUACACAAUUUUUGCCGCGUCAGUCCUGGCUGCCAAUUCCGUCAUGCGUUCCCUGUUCGGUGCCGCAUUCCCUCUUUUCACCACAUACAUGUACAGCAACCUCGGUAUUCACUGGGCGUCUACUAUCCCGGCAUUCCUUGCGCUGGCAUGUGUGCCAUUCCCGUUCCUGUUCUACAAGUACGGCGCCGCCAUCCGCAAGCGUUGCAAGUUCGCCGCGCAGUCUGAGGCAUUCAUGCGCAAGAUCCAACAACAGGCUGCUUCCUCUCCCUCCGACGAAGAGGAGAAUGAGGCAGACGACGAAACCAAGUUCGAUCGCACCGAAGCUGCCGCUCCUGACACGGCCUCUUUGUCCAGCGUCUCGUCGCACGCCGAUCACCAUCCCAUCUCAGCUCACCGAACUCGUUCUCGGGCUCACUCGACAUAUUCCACUCGCACCAAUGGAUCAUUGGCCCGUGUGGCGACAUAUGAAGGCAACCCUUAUGCCGUUGAUCGUGUCAACACGAGGGAGUCAUUCAAGGCAUGA